UUGGUGGCGUGAAGGUUAUUAAGUGACUACACCCAGGAAAUACUCGCAUAAUUUGGACUAUGGAAGACAUAUCGAGUUUGGGAAGGUUUCCAUAUGAAGCGGCAAAACCCUUCAAGAAGAAAACUACAUCGGAAAACAUCCAAAAUUUCCUGCAAUUUCUUCUGGACUUGUUAAAGUUCCUCCUACUCUCAAUACCCAUCGUGCUGAAGUAUGUGAAGGAGAUUUUCUCCCCUGCCGAACCCAAGAAGAUUGCCGGCCAAUUGGCGCUGGUAACAGGUGGCGGAAAUGGGCUUGGCAAGGCGAUUGCCAUUCGCUUGGCCAAAGAGGGAUGCGAUGUGGCCGUGGUGGAUGUUGAUUUCGCCGCUGCUGAGCGUGUUGCUGGCGAUAUCAAGAGUUUUGGAAUCAAAUCAAAGGCCUACAAAGUCGACGUGUCCAAUUAUGAAGAAGUUAAAGUCUUGGGCGAAGAAAUUGAGGAUGACUUGGGCGCUGUGGACAUUCUCGUGAACAAUGCUGGAAUAAUGCCUGUAGUGUCGCUGAUGGAGGGCAGACCAAAGGACAUCGAGAAGAUCCUGAGUGUGAAUCUCACUUCACACUUUUGGACGGUUCGAGUGUUCUUAGAAAGUAUGAUAAGGCGUCGAAAGGGACACAUUAUGGCCAUAUCUUCGCUGUCGGGUCUCGAUGCCGCCGGAAGAGCAAUUGCAUAUUCAGCCAGUAAGUUUGGAGUUCGAGGAUUCAUGGAGGCCCUCAGAGAGGAGAUUCGCCUGAAUGGAAAUUCAGGAGAGAUCUUCACGACAACGGUUUAUCCUUACUUCAUAUCAACUAGACGAGACUUGAUGGAGAAAAUGCAGAAAACGAGUUUGUUCCAACGAUUUCCACCACUUAUUCCUGACGAUGCUGCUGAUAUUGCUGUCGAUGCCAUGCUAGAUAAUGCGAUUUCCAUCACCAUUCCGAAAGUGUGGCCAAUCAGUCGAGUAAUCUUCAAAUGCCUUCCGUCCCGAAUCCAGGACCUCGUGAGGGAAAUCCUCGUGAAGGAGUACAUUCCACGGAUUCAGUAUUAAUGCAUGUGCCUCCACGAUGAAUCAAUAUGAUAAUCCUGUGAGUUGCCGAGCGCAAUAAUCAUAAACAAUUUAGUACAGAGGAAAGGAGCCAGUAUGUUUGUCUACAGGUUAUGUGGAUAUAAAAUUUUUGGUCUAUCUCGCAUGGCUUCAUUUUAUCUCCGUCGAUGCUUAAUGCUUUUUAUCUCACUGUAUUUUCUGGGCCAUAAAAGUUCUGGCGUAAAUAUUGGUGAAUUACUUCCGCACAUUUUUGGUAGUUUUCCUAGUUUAUGAUUGCAAAUUGUUGAAAUUGUUCCACCUUGAAAAUGAGACAAUUGUCUGGCAGUUCAAUCACCUCUUUUGAAAAUAGAAAAUGUAGACGACAAUCUUCUUCAAUUCCGGCGUUAUUCAAUUCCUCAAAGAGCAUCUCUGUCGAUGAUGAUAGGAAUUUAUGGAAAGAUAAACCAAUACGGCAUUUUCAUAAAGCAUUAAUUUUAUCUUGGCACAUCAAAAAAAGAGACUUGUGAGGCACAAAAGUAUUAAAAGUUCCCCCAAAGCAGCGAGGAAAUCCUCCUCAUAUGGGGAGAGUGUGCGUAUUUGAAAUAAUAAAAAGCCAAGUAUAUCGCAAAAAAUAAAAGUGCAUGAUAUUUUAUUACCAGAUAUAACUUUAGAAGAAACAAAGUCGAAGAAUAUAUGCGGUGAAU